UUGACAGUCCGCGAUACUGGCUAACCCCAAACGGGGUUAACACUGUGCUAUUAAGCGUUAUAAUUUUUGACACGGUGUUAAACAAUUGUUUGUUAAAAAUGGAGUGCAUUGUUGCAAGCGUAGGACACAUACGAUUUGAUAUAGAAACCGCGCUGGACGAGCAGUAUGGAGCGUUACCUCUGCCUUUUACCGGAAUGGAUAAAUCGGUCGCUGCAGUUUGCCAGUUUUACCCACGAGGAACUUGCGUCAAAGGAGGUUCCUGCCCUUUCCGACACGUUCGAGGGGACAGAACGAUUGUUUGUAAACAUUGGCUACGAGGCCUCUGUAAAAAGGGCGAUCAGUGUGAAUUUUUACACGAGUAUGACAUGACUAAGAUGCCCGAGUGUUACUUUUAUUCCAGAUUCAACGCUUGCCAUAAUAAAGAGUGUCCGUUCCUGCACAUCGAUCCCGAAACAAAGGUUCGAGACUGCCCGUGGUACGACCGGGGCUUUUGCAGGCACGGUCCUCUCUGUCGUCAUCGCCACGUAAGACGAGUGCUAUGUAUGGCGUAUCUCGCAGGGUUUUGCCCGGAUGGCCCGAGUUGCAAGUUCAUGCACCCCAGGUUCGAGCUCCCCGCCAUACAGGAUAUGCAACCUAAGGAAGGAAAGAAAAUCAUGAUCACGUGUCACUUCUGCGGAGAGGGUGGACACAAAGCGAUAUACUGUAACAAAAUGCCACCGGACGUCAGGGAAGCGCAGGUCAGGCAAGAGAUGGAGGGAGGUGGAUCGCACGGAGCGCAUCAUCAUAUGAAUUCUCACAAUGGACUACCAUCAAGAGGACCGCAGAAGCCGUUAGAAGAGGUUACGUGUUACAAGUGCGGUGCGAAGGGACACUACGCCAACAAAUGCCCAAAGGGCCACCUUGCGUUUCUUAGUCACGCAGGGGGUGGAGGUGGAGGAGGAGGAGGCAGUGGACUCGGUCAGAACUCCAAUUACAGGCGAUGAGUGUGACGUGUGUCAUAAAACUGUGAAGUAGCAUGAGGAGUGAGUACUUCCAUGUAAAGGUAACCUUAAUUUCAUUGCGAAGCAAAGUAAAAACCACUGAAAUAUAUAGUAAACUGGAACGCUUGCCAUGGUUAAUUUUUUAACUAACGGCAGUGUCUGUGGACCCAUAAUAACUAUAUGAAUAUCUUGGCUGCAAAGUGCCGAUAUUUUAUAUGAAUGCAAUGUUUAUCUAUUGCUUUAAAGGCAUGGGAAUGCAUUCGUAACAAAAUAGUUAAGGUAUCAAGGUACCGACCACUCAUCAAAUACCAUUCAAUUACGUUUUUCCGCAGUUUAUUAUAUUAUAGUAUAUUAUAUUUGAAAGUUAUUAUGUCUCCGAACUAAAUGUCGUUCUUCCUUACCUACGUUGUGUAGGGUUUUCACGCGUGAAUGAUACGUAAAAAACGAGUUCACAGAUUUGACCUAUUUUUUCAACUCAGAUUUGUCUGGAAAUAGUUCAAUGAUUUAUUACUCUUUUAAUGGAAGUUUGAUCAUUUCAAGUGUGAGCAGACUCCAGAUCGUAGCUCCUUAUGUUACUUCGUGCAUAAAGCGAGGC